CUUUUCUUUUGAAGCUUUUGGAUAUCAUAAAAUACCCAUUUCGACUGCAAAGCACCCAGGACAUGAUCAGUAGUUAAGUUCCGCCAGCUCGAGGAAUUAUAAAGUUGUUAGAUGCACUACGAUGAUUGAUAACUGAAGGCGAACUUUGUUCAGUAAUGAGACUAACGGCAACUUGGAUGGUCAUACUGACAAGCGUGAAAAUAACAAGUAGAGACUUGAUUAUCUGUCGGGGGAACUGCUCUGGUCUGGGAAAGCGAUCGAUCAUUUGGACCCGGAAAAGUUCAAGCCCCAACCGCACUAUCCUAGAGAACACUGGCCACUCAUCAAUUCGCUAUAUCCACUCGCGGACGGUAAUAUCCUUGCAUCACUGCGCAGUGUCUCCGCCGUAAUUACAAUCUUUCGCCAGACCGGUGAGAUCAUCUGGCAUCUCGAUUCUACGGUGGUUUCACAGCAGCA